GAUGCUCGAAGAAAUGGUCCGUGCGAACGCUGCCAACUUUGGAUCUCGACAAUACAUACCUGGCACCUUGAGUCCCUUGAGCAUGAGUCCUCGUACAGGAAGUCGUCGCGCAUCCUGGAUGACUCCUGUACAUUCGUCAAAAGGGUCAAUGUCGAGUCGAGCAGAACUGGCCGAAGCACUCUUUUGCAACGCAGCGCGCCGAAAGCUUGUUCAAGAAUUCAUCGAGGUGUUAACAAACGGAGAGAGUGACUCUCCUGCGACAGCAUCAAAUCCCCCGAAAAAGGAGGACAAAAGCAUCUCAGGACUGAUACAUGGGAAGCAUACCCAAAAUAUUAUAGAGGCCGCUUUCGCCGCAGGUAGAUGGAGCGUCGCGCGAUUUCACAGAAUUGUCAAAGAUUUGCGGGAACCUGUGUAUCGGGAUCGACCAGCGGAACCUCUUGGGUCGCACCUCGAUGGACUCCAUUGGGCCUUAGCUGCAAAUGCCGCCGCAAAUGAAGGCCGAGAAGAUGAGUUCGCGGACGCGGAAGUGUGGCAACGCUUUUCGAUCGACAUCGAGGGACGUUCGGGAAUGCUUCCUCAGCCGACGGAUCCAGAAGGUGUUAUGGAAUUGGUGACGAUGAGAGAAGGGGCCGAGGAGUACUUUCGAAGGGAGGUAGAGCAGGGCCUUCGCAAGCUGCAUGGGAAUGAGCUUGAGACAAUUUUACAGUAUAUAACACAAUAUGCUAGUGCUCCCAAACUCAUGGAACUGGUAUGUCCGCUUAUUUUCAAGCGGGUGUCGGAGGAAGCCAUCACUCGCGAUAUCAUACCAAGAUUUAUGGUACUUGCGGUAUUGCAGCCCGACGCAAUCGGUUCCGCCAUUUUGGAAACCUUACUGGCAGAUUACAGUGCAUUUGUCUCGCAGGACGCUGCAAACUCAGCAUUAGAGUAUUGCGCUCACUUGCAGCGUGCCAACUGCUGUCGGGUGAUCUUGGAUAAUUUGGGACACCUUGUCGCACCUGAAGGUGUUAUUACAGCGUUAAUACCGAUUUGUGCUAGGGGUACAGAUCAUUUACUGGCGGUGUUGGAGCUGUUCAUCAUGGAUAAAUGUCAGACAACGAUGGACCGGAAGGAGGUCGACCGUCGUCACAUGGAAGAAGGUCGCGGAAACCAACUUGAGAACGACUUUCCAGAUAUUGUUGCACCCUGCGUCUACAUGUUCUUGGUUCUUGCAGCUGCCGGCGGAUAUGCGAAGCCGAGGACGGUUAAGGAGUUGAUCGAGUUCUAUGAAGAUCCUUGUGCACCGCUUUUGACUGGACGAGUUUCUACUGCUAGACACAAUCAGUUUGUGCAAGAUCUAUUCCAUCUUGUCUGUGAGCUGAACUUGACCGCCAUUGUCUGGACAUUGAUCGAGAGUCACUGGAUUCCACCAGACAUUACACCUACUUUACGUCAAGCAAUCGAGCUUGGCCACCAGUCUCUUGUCCACAUAUUACUGGAUAGCUUGUUGAUUCCCGAUGAAAAAUUGGAGCCACCAUCCGGGCAAUUACCUCUGGUCUUUCGGAAAUCUCGGGCCCUCACCUUGUUACCGACAGUUGCUCAGAGAUUCCCAGCUGAAGCAUGCUGGUUCCUCCAGGAGCUAUCUAGCAUACCGAUCCCGAGCUGCGUCCCAGUAGGUGAGACCCGAGAGGCUGAAGUGCGAGCUGCACCAGUUCGCGGAACGCGAUUGGGGACAGCAACUCUAGCAGAAGUGACACGAAGAACAGAUAAUAUAAAUCCGUUCAUGCAGAUAUGGACUCGGUUGAAUAUUGUCGCACAAUUACGGGGGGCCACCAUAGGGACGGGCACUCCCGAAGCUGAAUGCGUUAUAUGUAUGGCACCCGAGGCGCUUCUGACGGAAGAAGCCUAUCACGAUUCCGUAGGAGGGAAAUUCUUCCGUCAGCCAAGUCCUUUCAUCCGACUUCUUGGAACCGGGGAUAAAGAAAUCAUACUGCAGCCGGUUAUGCAAGCGCUGAUGGAAUAUCAUUGGAUAGCCGGGGGCUUUUGGUAUCGUUUUGCAUUGCAUUUCAUCAUGUCCUUGUCUUUCAUUGCCUCGAUCUGGGCCAUGUUUACCUUGACGGUUCAAGAAGAAUUUGGUCACUCGUCAGAGGGUACGGCCAAAGGACUUUUGCCGAUCACCUGCAUCGCACUCUUCCUCUGUGUGCUUUUUAUCAUUCAAGAGCUUCGCGAAUUCAUGGACGCCCCCGGAGACUAUAUCCGCUCUAUGAGUAACUUGGUGGAUACCGUCGUCCACAUAUCUGUCCUUUACUGUGCCAUUCGAGGGGCGCUAAUGCACAAAUAUGUUCCACCACUGUUAAUGGGCUUCACCUUGGUGCUGGCAUGUACCCGCCUUUUGAUGCAGCUACGCAUCAUACCGUCAAUUGGACCCAUCAUACGGAUAUGGGUUUCUGCGACAGCAAACAUUUUCCCAGUACUGGUUCCGUUCACUGUGCUAGCGUCUAGCUUUGCUGGAGGUUUUUAUUUUAUUCAAUACCCCCUCGCCCUCCAAGCGCCCGCCACGGCCGAUCUACAUUUUCAAUCGAUGACGCAAGCUAUGCAGAGCGUUUUGACGAUGACAGCCGGAGACUAUAGUGUACUUGACUACUCGCAAGAAUCGGAGGUGUUCGUACUGCGUCUAUUAUUCCACGUCAUCUUCAUUAUCUUCCUUGUCAACCUCAUCAUUGGUUUGAUGACAGUAAAUGUCGCCAACGUCACUGUCAAUACCACCAGCGCAUGGCUGGUUGAAAUCUCUCAGCUAAUGGUGGAAUUGGAGCUCUACUGGCCAUGGCCCAUGCGAUACCAAGUGAAAACACAUUUCCGCCAUCGCCAACCAUCAUCACGCCCCGACUCUGAACCUAAAUAUGAUGAUAAUCCCAAGCUCUCCAACAACUCUAUCUGGUCGAGAAUGAGAUGGUGGCAAAAACCAAAAUCCUCACGUAAAGUGACGCCAGACGACUUUGGGUCGCAUAAGCCGCCACGAAUUUUGGCAACAGCUGUAGAUCAUCCAUCAGAGCACCCGGACAGAGACAGCGUUUUAGUGGAUACGCCAGAGUUCUUUAGCAUGCUUGAACGUGGUGUAGUUUUGUACACAUGUCCGGAAGAGCAGGUGGCGAAAACCCAUUGGUGGAAGGAAGGCGAUAAGGAGACUGAUCCUCGCCUGGCCGGCAGAAUGCCUCGCGAAGCACCUAUAUUCGAUCAUAUGCAGACGAACGAUAGUCCAUGGAAUAAAGCUUUGAAAAUCUUUCACUUUGGCUCAUCCGGUAAGGACAUGCGGAUUCCGUCGGUCCCAUCUCUGGUAGGUCGGUCACUCUCGUCCCUGCCACCAAUGCCAAAUCCAGACGAGGAAGGGCAAACUGUUGAUCCAAAUCCUCUCGAAUCUGUGCGUUUUGGUCUGGACAUGAGACUCUUGGAUGAAGUGGAAGAACAAGACGAGGCUGGACCUGCUGAUGACACCGGGCUAUCUUUUGUUGACGUCCGAAAUCGCAGGCAAUCCCGACUGACCGAAGGAGCAGAAGCAGCUUCGAGGGCGAGCGUCGAGGGGCGAAGACCUGCCGCUAAUGUUGCCGACCCUGUAAAACCCCCUGUGGACAAGCCCGCGUCACCACCACCAAUGCCGCAACACGACGCAAACUCCAUCAAAGAAUUGGCAGAACAAGUGCAAGGAAUGAAAGAGGCACUCAAGACUUUGGAGCGUAUAACACGAUCAGAAACCCGAAAUCAGCGCGAACGUACCAGACGCCUUGAACAAACCCUAGAGCAAGAACGGGCACGCGCCAAUGAGAAUGCAGCCAAUUUCUCUCGAGAUCUUCAAAAUCUGAGCAAAGAAAUUAGAGACUUAUCGCGGAUGCUCAUGCCUCAACCAGAACCAGAAGGACUUUUCAGAAGGGUUUUCAGUGGCCGGACAAGUAGCAGACGGAGAAACGAGAGCUGGUCCGCGGAUUCCUCGGAGAGGCCGGCCCCGGAACCAUAGUAUGAAACGUACAUGUAUUUUACUGUCACUUUGUCGGGCUUGUUAAGAGCCAAACUUGACUGGAUAAGUUAGCUAGCUUCGUUUGCCAAUCUAAGCGACAAUCUAGGUAUCGUUCCGUAAUAUAUAUUAAACAUCACGAGCAAGUCUUCCUCUGCGCACGCCGCUGGGCGCUGAACUGUGUGCUUUCGCGAUCGGAAUAAGCGUGCAUCGUUCAUAGAAGUUGAAAUUUACAUACAGUCUCGCUACAGAUUUAUACACAGCUAUCAAGACUAUUUUAUCUUUCUAUAUUCAAAUAUUGGC